AUGGGAAACCUCAGUGUCCAAACUUCAAGCCUCAGGCAGCAAUUAGCGCCGGGAAGACAUCUCGUUGUCUCUUUGUACCAGGAUGAAGAACAUCUUCUUGAUCUUGAAAGCGUUGGGGUUGAGCAACAACUGAUGGCCAUCGCUCUAACAAAAUUGAAGUGCCUUCGGGAUGAUUACGCGACGUCACCGUACCUCGAGACGUUCAACUGGGACGAGGUGAUCGACACUCUCCGAGAGCUCACAAAGGAGAGCAACCACGUCUGGAAAGAAACCUCUUUUUAUAUUGUGGCAUUCAGGUCUCAGAUACCUCCAACAACAGCCUAUGAAGAGCUUAGUGCGCUGGACAAAGCCGCUCACGCCGAGGCAAUAGCAAGUGGAGGGUUCCUCAAAUAUUGGUUCGGGUUACCGGAUGCUGAAGGACGAAAUUUGGCGACUUGUAUCUGGAGAUCGCAUGAGGACGCUCGGAAGGGAGGAACAGGGCCUGCUCACCGCAAGGCAGCUGGUGCUGCGCGGUCAUUCUACGCCUCUUGGAAAAUCGAUCAAGAUCCCAAGGCCUAUUCUCGGACACCAGACUCCACCAUUAUCAAGCACACGGCUUCAGACACCAUGGUGGAAUCCCAGAAAGACGCGCCGUUCAAGACGGUGCAGGUUGAAGCGCUUGUUGUGAUGAAGAUUGUCAAGCACUGUUCCUCAGCGUUUCCAACCAUCGCUACAGGGUCCAUUGUGGGCAUGGACAAUAAUGGAGUGCUUGAGAUUACCAAUGCCUUUCCCUUCCCGAUGAUCGAUGUGUCGAGUUCCGACAGCCACCAGGAUGCCUCGAGCCUUGCCGCAGCGGCCCCUCGUGCGAAGGCAAACAUCGCGUAUCAAAAUGAGAUGAUUAGGCACCUCAAGGAGGUCAAUGUGGAUGCCAACAAUGUUGGCUGGUACACCAGUGCCACCAUGGGAAACUUUAUCAACCUGAACUUUAUUGAGAACCAGUAUCAUUACCAGCGUGAUAACGACAAGACCGUGGCACUCGUCCAUGACGUGAGUCGGAGCUCCCAAGGCACUCUUAGUCUGCGUGCUUUCAGGCUCUCGCCUGAGUUUAUGGCUGCCUAUAAGGAGGGCAAGUUCACAACUGACAGUUUGCAAAAGUCCAAGCUGUCUUUCAGGGAUAUUCUCAUUGAGGUUCCGGUAAUUGUCCACAACUCCCACCUGCUCACCUCUUUCUUGCAUCAAAUCCCUGCCCCGCCAGAGUCAGCAGAGAUUCCACUUCCGGCUUCCCUCGAUGAUAUUCGGCGCAACCCAGUCAAGCUGCCAGCCCAUCCUUCCUUUGACACUUUGGAUCUUUCCAUCGAUCCGUUCCUUGAGAAGACUUGCGAUCUGCUCCUCGAUAGCAUCGAAAGCCACUAUGCCGACCUGAACAACUACCAAUACUACCAACGGCAGCUGGCGCGCGAGCAGUUCAAAAUUUCUCAGUGGCAGGCUAAGCGAAAGGCGGAGAAUGCUGCCCGUCUGGCAGCCAAGCAGCCACCAUUGCCCGAGGAUGAAUGGCAGAGGCUGUUCAAGCUCCCUCAAGAGCCCAGCCGGUUGGAGGGUAUGCUCAAUGCAAGGCAGGUAGAGCAGUACAGUAGACAGGUAGAUGGUUUUACAGCAACCAUCACCUCCAAGAUGUUUGCUGUCAGAGGGAACCUGCUUCCUGAGUGA